UUUACUUAAUCUACACAAAAAGUGUUGACAAAAUGCACCUCGUGUGGUUCCUAGCACUUGUGUGCGCCGCCCGGGGCGCACCUUUUCCGCCCCAUGAACAAUCACCGUGCCCAUCCGAUUGUGAAUGCCUAACAGUGGAUUUGGUAACAACCACACGCUGCACAUCACUCGCGUUUGUCCAAGAUGGCUCAUCGGAAACGCUCAACAAAGUGUCUCACCUUGACCUGCGUCAUUCAAAUCUAACAAAAAUCGGCGCGAUUCGUAAACUGCAUGGUCUUAAAAGUGUCAACAUGGCGCACAACGACAUCCGCCAUCUUGUCGAUCUUUCAAGUCUAAGUAAACUCUCGAUGUUGAAUCUCCGAGGAAACAAACUCAAGUCAUUGGAUGUCAAUAACCUCCCCAAAAAUUUAGAACACUUGGAUGUGUCUUCAAAUCAUUUCGCAGACUUUCCUGAUUUCGUAAAUGGGAAAAAAUUGAGGUUAAGAAAAAUUAACCUAGCGGGUAAUCCGUUUAUUUGUUCCUGUGAAUUGAAAGCCAAAUGUGAGGAUCUUAAAACUUGGGUUACAAUUGAGAAACCAGUGACUUGUCGUGAUGGUUCUGGAAAUAUUCAAGAAGUGACCAAUUUGAAAUGUCCCAUAGUUAGACAUGUUGACCACAAUCAACAUAAUGACCUUGAAAAGAUGCAAAACGACGAACAAAUUGAAGGAUCCGGUGAGGAACCUGAACCAACUCCUGAGGAAACUUCCGAAGAGGAUCAAACAGAUGUUUUUGCUGAAGAUGACGAAGGUUCUUCUAAAAAAUUAGCAGAAAUGCAAAAUGAAGAAUUAUUACUAACUGCAUCUUCACCAGCACCUGAGUUAACAGAUGAAGAUUAUAUUGAUAAUGGAGACGAGGCAGAAACUGAUGAUACCGAGGGUUCAGGUCAUUCUGGAGAUGAACCUGAAGAGAAUGAAGAAGAAGGAUCAGGAACAGGUGUCUUAAUCUUCCCAACAACUGAAGAAACUCCUUUGAAGGCUUGCAACUUCGAUUGUUCCACACCUUUGACCUUGGAUGAUCCCACCAAUAGCACUGAACCAGAUCCCAGCAUUUUUGACGAAAUCAAAAAAGCAGUCAAUGAUAUAUUCUCUGAUGAAGAUGAAGAUGAUGAAGAAUACAGUUCUACAUCAACAACAGAGACACCAAUGACCAAUGUAGUUGUUCAUAAAUCCGAACAAGGUCGUUCCGAUGGUGUUGUUCCUAUAAUCAUCAACGAAGAAGAUAAAAUCCACUCCGUUGAAGAUACAGAAGCUUCCGAAGUGAAAGAAGCAGGUAACCCUCUGGGUCUAAGCAAUAAUAUGAUAGUGGUCAUCGCGUUAAUCAUAGUAAUGGCUUGUAUUAUCAUCUACACCAUCCUGAUCAAACGCAGGAAGAACAGACGUCAACCCAGACGUAUUAACACAAGCCCCGGUCAGGAAAUGAAGACCAUCAAACCUACAAAACCAACACGGACAUCACUACCACCCUCUGACAAGAGUAAAAGCAUCCCAGAAAAGGUCCCAUUGAUGAAUGGUCAAAAUGGGAACCAGAACGGAAACCAAAAUGGCGGAGGUCCCAAAAACGGAAGCACACCCAAUGCUCCAGCAGAGGUGACCACACCAUUGAUCAAUGAACCUCCUCAAGAAAAAGAAGACUUCCCUGCUACAAUGAGGUCACCUCGAGGUGAUCACAGCCCUUUACUCCCUGAAACACAUAGGGUUACUGUACAAGCAAAAGAACUGACAGCGCCAAAGACACCAUUACUGAUCAACCGAGUACGAAGUCAAGAUGGGCAGAUCAUCACAACCCCAGAAUCGGAUCAGCAAUUUUAAUUGUGUUAUGACAACAACUGGAAUACAUUCCUGGUAAAGUGUGCGAUUGAAAUAAUGACAUUUUAAUACCUCAGUAUUAAUUGCACGUGAAGCUGGAACUACAAGUGAAGAUGUGAUAUAUAUGAUUCGAUAAAGAUGGUUGUUCCUAUUUAUUUAACGACUGUGUGUGCAUUGUGUAAAAGAAAAACACUCAAAGUGUUCAAAGGAAAACUUUAAAAAAUAUUGCUUGACGCUUUCCGCUCAACUUAACCUCCCCUCUUGAAAAAGUGAUCAUCUAAGUCAGACCGCGCUGCUUCGACGCAACUAGCGCCAUCUAGUGUCGCAAUAAAUUACAUAAACGUAAAAAUAAACCCGUUGGUGCUUGUUGGGAGUUAAAAGACAAUUAAUUAUGCAAUAGUCAUCACAUACAUAUGAAUAAAUAAUAGCCUGCCAGGAUAAUAUAUAUUUUACUUGAAUUGCAAACAUAAUAGAUAUUCUACUACGUCAUAUAUUACAGUUUUCUUUUUCUAUAAAUAUUUAAUUGAAUGUUAUCUAUUUGUAUUAAGUAUUGUGACGUCAAAAAAAUUAAAGAACGAAUACACGUUGUUAUAAAUAUAUUUCUAUUUGAUAAAAA